AGGAAGGAUUUUCUAUCAUUCCACUUAAUGCACAAAUCUUUUAAGUCUGGUGAUUUAAUCAUAUUAUAGAUUAAAAUAUUAUGGGCACCGCUUUAAAAGGGUUGACGGCAGACUGCGGGAUCACUGGUUGUGGCGGUGGAAGGGGAUAGAAGGUGGGCAGCCACUGUGGCGGGAGAACAUCCUUCGCCGCUGCUAAGGUUCAAGCGUCCCGGAAGCUGGCAAUUAUAGAAGGCAAAUGGAAGAUUUAACAGAUAAAGACCGUUUGAAAAUGGAGAUAGAGCAACUUAAGAAAGAAUUGCCUUUAGAGCGGAUGCUGGUAUCCAAGUGUGCGGAGGAACUGAAGGAUUACAUUGAAUCACAGUCUGCAGAAGACCCUUUGGUAAAGGGGAUCCCAGAGGACAAGAACCCCUUCAAAGAGAAAGGAGGCUGUGUGAUCUCAUAAAUCCGAUAGGACUCCUAUAUACUCAGGUCAUCAGGGUAUUUUCCUACAGCCUAGUCAUUGUUAGUACAAUGAAACCCUGUAGGUGGUAAACCUGAAUGAGGGAAAAGGAAUGGGUACAUUAUCUACAUUGGCACGUAGUCUUUAUUGUUAUUGAAAUUAAAAGGCAUUUCUGCAAUGUUGCAAAUAAAGUUGAAAAUUUGGCAAAUUCAAUCAUGAAUGGUGUUAACAUUUGGAAAACAACAUAUACUUCCGAUACUAACCUGUAAGGGUUAAACCUAUAAAAUCAUAAUUUAAGUUCCUUCACAAAGUAAUAAUAUUUAAAAAUGGCAUUACAAAUGUGUAUAUAUCCUAAAAUAUGUAUAGGAUACAAUAUUAGUGAAACUGUAUUUCCUAUAUCAAAGCCUAUUGAAAAUGCACAAUAUCAAAUGUUUUAUCAUGUAUAGAGUAACAGAGUUACACUGAUGUUUUUAAACAUUUUAAUACAGAAUUUAACACAUCUGGGCUUCAGUUUAAUGCAUUUGUACAAUACAAAUACAGUUAUUUAUACAUUAAAAAUAAAUGCUUGUGAG